AUGGUCAGCUCAUGUUGUGGCUCUGUCUGCUCUGAGGAGGGCUGUGGCCAAGGCUGCUGCCAGCCCAGUUGCUGCCGUCCCAGCUGCUGUAGGCCCAGCUGCUGUAGGCCCACCUGCUGCAGGCCCACCUGCUGUGUGUCCAGCUGCUGUCAGCCAAGCUGCUGCCGUCCCAGCUGCUGUGUGUCCAGCUGCUGCCAGUCUGUGUGCUGCCAGCCUACCUGCUGUCACCCCAGCUGCUGCAGACCCUCCUGCUGCCAGCCCAGCUGCUGCAGACCCAGCUGCUGCCAGCCCUCCUGUGGUGGUUCCAGCUGCUGCAGUCCUUGCUGCCAGCCCUGCUGCCGCCCCUGCUGCUGCCUGCGUCCAGUCUGUGGUCAGGUCUGCUGCCAGAGCACUUGCUACCGCCCCACCUGUGUCAUCUCCACCUGCCCCCGCCCCAUGUGCUGUGCCACCCCUUGCUGCUGCUGA